CUGAGUAUUCUGUCGACUAUUUUCUCCUUGCCUUUUACUUUCCUGUUCUACAUACAAAUUUGUUAUUCCUUUCACUUCUUUUCUUUCUCUAAAUCACAUUGUCACCUCCAUCAAUAUGUCCCACUUCAACAACAACCAGGAGCACCACGGCGAGGAUCGCCCCCAGCCUCCCCACGGUCAGUUCAACCAGGACCGUCCCAGCUCCCCCCGCGGCCAGCACCAGGAGCAGCAGUACGGUGACCAGCAGCAGCACGGUGGCCAGCACCAGCAGCAGCACGGUGGUAUCGGCCAGACCAUCUCGAGCAAGUUCAAUAACUUUACCCAUGAUAGCGAUGGCCUUGACAAGUCGCACAUUGCUGGAGCUGCUGCUGGCGCUGCCCUUCUCGGUGCCGCUGGUUUCGCUGCUGCCAAGCACUUCAGGGGUGAUAACAACCAGAAUGACAAUGUUGAGGAGCAGGAUGGUAACCAGCAGUCCUUCAGUGACAGGAUUGGCAACUUUAUCCACGAUAAGGAUGGCCUUGACAAGUCGCACAUUGCAGGUGGUAUUGCCGGCGCUGCUAUCCUUGGCUAUGCUGCCAACGCUGCUGUCAAGCACUUCAAGAACAAUGAUUAAUUGUAAAUAAUUUUUUUACUGUUUUCAUUUGAAAUUUCUCAUUUAAAAAACAUUUAUUUCUUUUACAUUGUUAUCGCUAUUAUUAACUUUUUCUUUAACUUUUUUUAGUGUGGAUGGAAAACCCCCCUUUGUUUAUUUGCAUUGAUCCCACGCAUAGUCGGCAUUCCAAAUACAGGUUUAUUUAUUGGUGUAGUCCCUUUACUGGAUAUUGUGAUUUGCAAAACCAAGCGGAACACAGUCAAAUCUGCUCUCAUCAGACUUAAAA